AUGGCAUAUGACAAAGAUCAGUGGCUUGUAGUAGCAAUGGAUCAGGAUACUACACUGUUUGAUAGAAAUAUAGAAGCUGAAGAGGAAAACUUUGAUGCAACAACUACUAAAAGAAAAAAGUUUAAAAAACUGCGACCCUCAAGAAGUGACACAAUGUGGCAUGACGGAAGAAAAAUUUGUAUAAACUGGAACAGAAGAAAUUGUAAUAAUGAUAAGAAAUGUGGAAGAGUACAUGCAUGUCUGUUCUGUAAAAAGAUAGGUCAUCAGGAGCGAAGAUGCUUUACAAACAAUCGUAGUACUAAUAGUAUUCCUCUACAGAGCAUUCCAUUCACGGCAGAAAAAGUUAAAAUUCUUUCACAGAUCAGCCCUGAAAAGUUCAAUGGUAAAAAGGAUCCAAGAAAACUUAAAAUCAGUCAAACUAGAACCAACAGCUCUUGCGAAAUAUAUCCAAGAGAGAUAGAGAAAGGCCAUAUAUGCAGUUUAUUCUUAGAAAAGCAACUACCAUGUGAUCUAUUUCAAGUAAACCCCUGUGGUUUAGUUGAAAAAAUGGAACAAAUUCCAAAUAUCGAUCCUAGUGAAUUUGCUACAAAGUAUGAAAAUAUGAGUCAUGCAAUAAGGUGGAUUAACCUAUAUGAAAAAGGGUGCAUGUUAGCAAAAGUAGAUAUUAAAGAUGCAUAUCAGAUAUUACUUGUACAUCCGGUGGAUCAAGUUUUAUAG